AUGGCAGGUGAUGGUACAUUCGGCAGAUGCGGACAUGGUCGAGCUUCUCCGAAAGGAGAUAUUUGGAUUUGUCAAACUGCGCACACCGGCUCGCCUUUUUCCCGAGCACCGCCUCAGCGGAAACCUGUCGAGGAGCCUAGCCUGCGGGCACUGCUUCGGAUCCAGGAGGAGAACAUCCCUGGCACAGAGGCGCAUCGGCGAGUGCUUGCACAUCUGGGUCUCAGGGAGCGCGCAGGUCAGGCUGUCAGCCUUCUUGCUUUGCCUCCACGCCGCUGGCUAUUAAACCCUGCCGCCAGUCCGCUCGGGGCCUCUUAUGGCUACUUCGAGUUUCAAGAAGACGAGGGUGGCAAAGUCUUCGCAGUGUUCAAGCUCAGCCGCCUCUACGUUAGCUCAACGGGAUCUGUUGGCUACGAUGCCAAGAUGGAGUUUGUCAGCUUCUGGAAGGAGUUGGUGUACACAGCAAAGGAAAGGGGCGUGGAUCGCUUGUUGAUUGACGUCGCCGGAAAUGCCGGUGGUUUCGUGGAUCUUGCAUAUUUGCUCGUUCGGGCACUGUACCCGUUCUUGGAGUUCCAGCAGGUGUGCAACACAUACGACAGGCCUGUGGGAUCUCUGUACAAGGCUUGGAGGGAGGUCGACACCACCCCCCUAGCAGCUUUCAUGGACGAUGACACGGCCAUCCGGCAACGCUUGAAGCAGAUGACUCCAGAGGAGCAGGCAGCUAUGAAGUCAGUUUUGCAGAAAAUCACCAAGGCUUGCAUGGAGAUGGAUGUUUUGGACAUGGACGACGUGCUGCAAAUCCAGUCUGCCAUCGAUUCCUUGGACACAGGGGAGGUGGACGAGGAGAGCUUGCGCGGGACUCUUGAGAUCCUGACUGCAUCAGCUGAGAGUUUUGGAAAUCCUUUCUCGCUAUAUCUUGACGGUUAUGCGGCAAAUGGCACCCCGUUCGAUCCAUUCAAGUCUGCGCGAACGGCGCGACGGGGCGGCAAGCCUAACGUUAAGCUGACAGAAUUCUUUCGCAUUGAGGACUGCGUUUUGGCAUUUACCCAAAAAUUUGUUGAUGCAUUUAGAGGGCUAGAGCAUCCGUUUACAAACAUUCUGUUUGUGUCUGACGGCGGUUGCGGAUCAUCAUGUGACACGUUCUCCCGGACUGCGUACAUGAUUGCGAAGAAGCAGCAGCAUCAUGGAGGUUCGAGGCUGCAGAUAAAUUAUGUAACUUUCGGUGGACUUGGUGGAUCCUUUGACGAUGCACAGGGCACGCUGUCAGCGACGUCAUUUCCUGGAGGGAACUUGAUGAUGGCCGCCAUGGCGCAAUUGUACAACCCCAUCUAUUCCGCUGCAGCUUUAGGGUAUCUUGCUGCCGAAUGGGCCGGUUUGGGUCCCAUGAAGAGGCAGCUUGCACAUUUUCGUACUUUCGUUCCCCAGUAUCCGUAUUAUUGGAACAAUCUGCCACAGUACCCUCAGAGUGAGAUGUACCAGAACGCGUUGGGAGAUGAUGCCCUGCCUGCGGAAUUCUAUUUCUUUCCCACGGACAUGUACUUGCCGGACUGGUAUGCGGACGUAGUCGGCGAGCCACAUGAGUGGAAUGAGUCCGAACUGAGACGUCUGCACGUGGACGCAACCAAAGCAUUCAAAGCUGUGUCAAUGAUCUUAUCGCCUUCUGCAGCCUCUCGGGAUCUUCUGGGAAGGCAGCCAUAUCCCGGCACAGUGCUUCAGGGCACCAGUUUCGCUUGGUUGGUAGGUCUGGGGAUCUUGGCUUCCACCGCGCUGUUCCUCCUGGUAGUCUUCGCCUUGACAAAACUUCCGGAGGGACUACGCAUUGGCUUUUCGCACCCAGAACUGCAUGAGCACAUGGUGAGUGAUGAGGAGGCUUCUUCGUAA